AUGACCAUGAAAUCUUCAUCAUUGUCCGAGCCAUUGGUCUCCUUGUUCUUCCUCCUCCUGCGGAAGCUCGCCGGUCGUCGGCACCACCGUGCCAGGAUGGCGGUGACGACGAAGCCGAGCCCGCCGCCGCCGCCACUGCUGACGCUGGACAUGCUACAUGGCCAGACCCUAGUGGUCGACGUGGAGGCGUGGAUCCUGCGCCCGCCGGUGUCCGCCUUCCCGUACUUCAUGCUCGUCGCCGUCGAGGCCGGCGGCUUCCUCCGGGGCCUUCUCCUGCUGCUGCUCUACCCGCUGAUGUUCGUCCUCCCCGGCGACGGCGCGCGGGCUAGGGCCAUGGCCACGGUCGCUCUCGUCGGUCUGGAGGAGAAGGAGGUGGCCAGAGUCGGCAGAGCAGUGCUCCCCAAGUUCUUCAUGGAGGCCACGGCGGCGGAGGGCGUGGCGGUUGUGCAGGCAGCGGCGCGGGUGGUGGCGGUGAGCGCGACGUUCCCGAGGGUGAUGGUGGACGGGUUCUUGAAGGAGUACGUCGGCGUGGACGCCGUCGUGGGGCCUGAGGUGAGGUCGGUCGGUGGGGUCCUCGCGGGGCUGAUGGACGAGGAGGACGCAGCCGAGAUGGCAGCCAAGACGCUCCGGGCGCUGUUUGGCGACGAGUUGGAGGUGGCCGGAAAGAAGGGCGCCGUGGGGCUCGUCGGACCGGCGAGCAGCGGUAGGGUGCACUGCCUUUUCUCUCCUUACUACUGCAAGGAAACUUUCGCUGUGAGCGAGGCCGACACGCGGGGAUGGCGACCGCUGCCGCGGGACAAGUACCCGAGGCCCCUCGUCUUCCACGACGGCCGCCUCGCCUUCGCGCCCAUGCCGCCGGCCGCGCUCGCCAUGUACACCUUCCUCCCGUUUGGCAUCGCGCUCGUCGUCUUCCGCACCAUCGCCUUCUCCUUCCUCCCGUACCGCGUCUGCUUCCCCGUCGGCGCGCUCACCGGCAUGCACUACCGCCUCGUGGCCGGCCACGUGCCCACCGUGCGCCAAGGCCGCGGCGAAGGCGGCGGCGGGCGACUGUACGUGUGCAACCACCGCACGCUGCUGGACCCCAUCAUCGUCGCCGCGGCGCUGGGGAAGCCGGUGACCGCGGUGACGUACAGCCUGAGCCCGGUGUCGGAGCUGAUCGCGCCGAUCCGCACGGCGCGCCUGACGCGGGACCGCGAGAAGGACCAGCGCAACAUGGCGGCGGUGCUGGCGCGCGGCGACCUGGUGGUGUGCCCCGAGGGGACCACGUGCCGGGAGGAGUACCUGCUCCGGCUCAGCCCGCUCUUCGCCGAGCUCGGCGUCGACGUGAACCCCGUGGCGCUGGACACGCGCGUCGGCAUGUUCUACGGCACGUCCACCAAGCCGGGGGCUAAGUGGAUGGACCCAUUCUACUUCAUGAUGAACCCGCGGCCGGCGUACCGCGUGGAGUUCCUGCCGCGCGCCGCCACAACGCCGGCGGACAACGGCGGCCGCGGCGACAGCAUCGACGUGGCGAACCGGGUGCAGCGCGAGCUCGGCGAGGCGCUGGGGUUCGAGCUCACCGGGCUGACCCGGAAGGACAAGUACAUGACGCUCGCCGGCAACGAAGGCGUCGUGCCGACCGCGCCCAAAAAGCACUGA